ACAAACAAGAAACUGAAACCUGAAUUCAAUUUCACAAGCGCGCUUCAAACGAAACCCUUCAGAAAUUCCACUCAUUUUCAAGUGAAAUAGAACGUCAAUUUCAGCCGGUUUAAUUUCUGUUUAUACAAUGUUACAACGGAUCUUUUAGUUUUUUAUUUCUUGUUUCGCGAUUUUGUUGAGUUUUGAAACGAUUUUAUCCCAGGAACAUGACUCUAGUCAUCAAUCACGAUAUGCUGGGAAAGUUGACCCACGAGAUUCAGGAGAUACGGAUACGAGCGCUGCAUGACAUCGAAAACAAGGUAAAACGAGCUCUGUGGGAGCAACAGGAGAUUAAGUUCAGUCCCACGUCACUAGUGAAGAAUCUAAUACGCUGGUUCGGGAUUGUUCCUAUUAGCGAAGAAGCAGCUGUACUUGAGUUACUUUCAUUGCUUCUUGCGAGUAAAUAUGGAACCGAUAUAGCGAAUUAUUUCACGUGUGGUCGGUUGCUUAAAGAAUUAGGCAAGGUCAAAUAUCUCAUCGGGUCAAAGCCCGAACUGGCCGAGCUGGUAGACAACGUGGUUCAGCUGGUAAAUACUUUCAAAGAAUGCGAAAGAGCGAAGCAAAAUCCUGAUAGCAUUGCCGAAAGUUUUGCCAGCCUGAGAAUCGAGUGCAUCGAUUUGACAAAAUCUCCUAGUCAAAGUAACUCAAACCUAAAUGAGCUCAGCAGGAGUCCCAAUUAUUUCACCAAAUGCUGGAAUGUGCCACUACCUUCAGAUGCCAAAACAUUGAAGGACCUCAACGAAUCCCUGCAUAUCGAAAGCAACGAAAAGGAUAUACAACAUGCCUUCAAUUAUCUGGUGCCCUCAAUCAGCGAUUACCCACCGGAAUUCUUCCUGCAGCCUCCAUACAUUCUUCAUUCGCUCAUCAAACUAUCCGAUGCAAAGAAGGUGAGCAUCAAAGCGACAGUCGAAGUGAUGCAUCGACUAACGAUAGCGAUACAGAAACGGUUGAGUUCGCUCCAGUUGACAAGCAUGUACACGUUCCAAUAUUCCAACGGUGAAAGUCCUGCAGAGUCACAACACGUUCAGAUUUCGAUCCCCGCAUUCGUACAUGAAAUAUAUCUUCUGUGUAUCAAUUGGCUGAAAGACAUUUCGGAUGACACGGAUUUACAGGAGACGAAUAAAAUCUUUUAUCUGUUCAGCGAAUUGAAUGCCUUGGCAAUGGUACAACACCUGGAAGAAUUUCAGUUCCGUGAAAUUCGUCACGAGUUGGGUUAUUUGGCAAAAUAUUUCCGCCAAAGCUGGGAGUCCAAUUCGAAAAGCUUCACAACCCGUACCAAAUACUUGGUCACGGUCAAAACGCUUUCGGAGUUCCUUCAGACGUCCAAUCACGCUGGACAGCAAGAGUCUAGUGACAACGAUACGUGUUUUCCCCACAAACCCCGCUACAAUCCGGCAGAGUUCGAAACAAUGAACUCGACCGGUCAUCGGAAAGCGCUCGAAGAUGGCGAUCAGAACUGGCAGCACGAAUUACAGAUAGCAGGGCUCGAUUAUCCCAUGCGACACAUCUAUCCGACCGUUUACGAAGCCUUGCUGGAGCAAGCUCUAAAGGUAAACAAUCGUAAACUGCAAGUGCUGCUCAAUGCGGAUGAAAUUUUCGCGCCUGCUGUUACGCUCCUUCGGCAGUCCAAAGCAUUUUCCGACGAGGAAGUUAUUGCGCUCGGGCUGGAAGCAAUCGACACGCUGUAUUUACAUCGGUCGACGGAUAUGGUGAAGCUCAUGAUUUCCGCUGUGGGAAGAUGCCGCUGUCAUUUCGAAGGGAAUCCUGCACUGUUGGAGUCCGCGGAAAAACUUAUUCUCAGAUUGUUAUCUCACUCGGAUAUCAAAGUAAAGAGUACUGCUUACGAUAGCUGUAAUGAUAUAAUCAAGGACUUCAUUAGCUCCCUCGAUGAGGGAGCUAUCAUAACGCAUCGGAAGAGCUACGCAGGAGGCACUGCCAAGCUAAGUUCUUUGGGGAUUCCUCUUACAGUUGAUAUUCUAGUUGAAAUCAUCUGUUUCGGCUAUUACAACUCCAAUAAAAAGAUACACCAACGCGCUGAAACAAUCCUGCUGUUCCUGCUCAACUCACGAGCAUUCCUGUUGGACCGCUGGAGCGAUCUACUAGACAUCAUUCUUCCCGUUCUGCCAUUGCUUCAAACGAUCACCAUAUCCGAUAAUCUAUCGACUCUCUCGCGCACAAUUGUCGCCUUACUUCAUCCCGACUCGGAUCUCCCUGCAACGGAUUUGAUUCGUGGUAACCUACGUUUUCUAUUUCACAACGAAAACGAAAUCCGCGAAGAAGCCAUGACUCGGAUUCUCUUUCUGAUGAGCAUCACACCAAACGCUCGACAGUACUCACCGAACAUCGACCACGUCAGAGACACCGUGUCCAAUGGGAUUUGUCUGCUGAAAUCCAAAUACGACAUCGCGAAGCAUCUGUCGGCUGAUGUGUAUGAGGUGAGCGCAAUUAGACCGCUACUGGACACGCUGGAACAGGACAACUGCGAUCCGGCGAUGCGGCGGAGUGCGCUUGUUCAGCUGAAUGUGAUGGCCGAAGAUCCAAUCCUGUGUGAGAUUAUCCACAAAGCCAACGGGUGGGCAUUCGUGCUGCAGGCACUGGAUAAUGCCCUGCGGGAAGAUUACUUCCUCGACUACCCGGAUAGUGCCAUGCCAGCGAUUGGAAUACUCACCAAAAUGUGCCUUGCCGUACCCGAAUUCAGACGAUUCUUAGCGGAUAAUGUGAACAUUUAUCAUUUGAUAAUGCGAGCGUUGCUCACUUAUCACCAUAUGCCCAUAUUCAAGCCGGAUUGCUGCACGCUUCUAUUUGUGCUCCUUUUUAGUGAGUAUACUCUUGGCAGUGGGAAAAGCAUUUCACUACCUCUCGUAUGCUUCAAGUACUCAAUACCUUUCGUGGCUGAACACCAUUGGAAAUGCAGUCCGUUCAGCGAGCUGAGCUAUCUGGAGGAAAUUUUCAUCGACGUGAACGAAAAGAAAGACUGCCACUUUUCAGUCAUCGAACCCCUCGAAUCGCCAAGUAUACUUCGGUUCAAAAGCAAUUGCGGAAUCGAAUGUGCCUCGACGAGGAUGCCAAGAGCGAAGCAGUGUAAUGACGAAAGCAUCAACGAAGAAACACCACCGUAUGCGUCGCGUCAGCAGUACCGUCAAGUGGCGUGGCAAUAUCUACGACUCGCAUUCGCUUGUCAAUGGUUCGAUGCAUUCGAGAAUAUCCUGGUCAACGCAAAAAAGUGUAUAAAUUCUCCCGAAGCGAACAAAGAUGCAGACGCACCGGUUAUCGAUUACAGUCUACUGCCACCGCACCUGGUUACAUCGCAGGUGAACGACGACGGAGAGGAGGUAGUCGAUUUGGGAGAUCAAACGCUACAAUUCGAUCGAAUCUUACAGCUGACCAGGCAGGAUGUGGAUAUGAUACGGACGACCCAUGUUGAGGAGAUUUUUCGAAAUAGUUUGAAAAGCAUUGCAACGGCUUCCUCGCACGCGGAGGUAUCCGUGGGGUUGUCCGGCCUGGAAAGCAACCUGAUUUUACCUAUGCAGGACCAACUACUGCACAAUUCCAUUGUGAAGCACUUAAAGAAGUUUAUACUCACACCCCCAAAUACGCCGGCCGAUGAGAAGCUACUGAUCGACGUUAUCGGUUUGCUGGGGCAACUCAUACAGAUUGGAUACGAGAAUGUUUUGGUUUGGAUUGCAAAUCUACUCCUCGAGCAGACCAGUAUCUUCAUAAACCUACUUAAAUCAGACACUUGUUCGGGACAGCUGUUUAUGAAGAAUGUCGACUUCAUAAAGAUAGUACUGAUCGAGGCACUGUCCUGCGAAAAUCCAGACAUGAAGAACAUGUUGAUUCAUGAGAAUGGCUGUCAGAAGAAUUUGAAACCAGAGGAAAAAAUUAAUCUCCUGAACAAACUUUUUGAAACAAUCUUCGGAAGACUGGACAACGAUCUACAGAAGUGUGACAUAAUGAGAAUUCUCUCGUUAAUCAGUUUGGCCCGGGUAAUCGUCCAGAGUGUCCUGAUCGAGUUCGACAACAAAUACCUCAACCACGUCGUCAACAAAUUAUGUUCAUACAUCAGCCUAAUCCGCUCGAUAACGUACUCCGGUUCGACUAUUUCGAAGAAUUGCUUGAUCAUCAUAGCACUUCUGUUGGAUCAAAUGAAAGACGUACAUCUCAAAACCAAACAUUUCAAAGUGCUGGCGUUGCAGUGCAGUCAUACCAGCGCGCUGAAUCGUGCCUGUGCGUGGAAUGUGCUCGCGAAGGUGGCUAAAUCACUGUCCGGAGCUCACUCGAUAAUAAAAGAAUGCGCUUAUCUCCCGGGUGGAAUUCACGCCAGCUGUGCCAAAACGCUUCUCGACCCGGAGGAAGCCAGCUUGGUGAAGGAGUCCGCUACCGGACUGUUGAUUAAUUUGCUCUCCCACCGGGAACCCAAAGGGGGUCCCCUACAUAAGUUCAUGGUUCCCUAUGACAAAAGUGGCAACAGCCAAUUAGAUGCCGAUCCACUGGUGACGGUGUUAUCGAUACUGAAAAAGCAUCGUUUCUUCGAGCAGGCGCUGGCGUCUUUGAGGAAUUUUACAACCCGGGACAAUAUGGCUGUGGGUGAAUAUGCCGGAAUUGAAGUGGUCACUUGCGAUGUCGUCAAAAGCUACAGUAUGGUCUUUAGCUGUCUAGUUGAUCUAGAUAUUGGGAUGGUAGAUUUUCUGGUUGAUAAAUGUUGCCUACAGCAACUGAUGAAUUGCGUAUCAAGUGUACCGAUUCAUCCCGGAAGAUCAGCACUGUUGAUGGUUUCGGAGGUUUGCAACUUACUGGUGCGCUGUCUGACCCAUUCGAAGGACAAAAUCUGUGAUCUGAUCUCCCCCUAUCAGGCAGUGAUCGGCGGUAUUAUCUACCUGCUCAACGUCGAUCUGUACAGCCAGUGGGGCGAAAGUGUACUCUGCGAAGUGACCAGCAACGUUAUGCACCUUCUGAAUGUGCUUGCUCUGCACAAAAUCGGCAAUCAACUUAUUACCUGUGUGCUGUCGGAACUGAAACUAGAACCACUGGUGAAGCUUAUUGUCAGUGGGAUAUCAAACGAUAGACGAAAAGAUUACCAAGUAACGUGCCUUCGAUUUCUCACCUUGCUUGUGCUCACUUCGGACGCCAGCGCCUCUCCAACUUCUGAAUUCCAGUCUUUGCUUAACUUACUGGAAACAGUCCUGUUAGAACCAAUUGACAGGCAACACGUUGGACCGAAAGCCCCGAAUCCAUCCGGCGCAACUAAGCGAUUCAAGUCGCUGGAACAACUCACUAAUGGGUUUUCGUCCGAAGAUGAUCAAGAAAAUCAAGAUCCAAACGCGAAACCACGUCACCAUCCCAGCAAGGAGCAUCAAACGAGGAAAGGGGUGAGAAGUGGAAGUGGGUUAAUAUUCGCCGCGCUAGUUGAUCAGUAUCAACACGUUUGCGCGAAAGAUAAACCCGAGAAUGGAGCAUUGGUUUCAACGUUGCUCAAGCGAACACUCAUCUCCGCGAUCCAAGUGAUGCUUCGGCGAUCCGAGAAAGCGAGAUGUCUUGCUCGUAUGACACAAUUUCUGGUGGUUCUAAUCGAUCGUUUGGAAGUUGUGUACAGCGGGAUUGGUGUCAGUUAUCAGGAUUUCGUGCGAAAAAAUGGCGACAGCAAAAAAGCUCCGAUCGUUGAGGAGCUCUCGUUGAUAGCCGGCAUACUGUCGGCAUGGUUUGCGAACGACAUUCUUGUCCAUCAAGCCAGCAUUACCCGAAUAUGCAAAGUGUUUUUGCAGUUUUGGCCGUGGAUCAGCCACAACCGUGACCUAGAGAGUGCAUUCAUGAGGGCUCUGGUUUGUUUAACCGAGAACUCCAUUAUGGUUUGUAAAAGUCUAACCGUAUCAUACCCGGGUCAUGCGCAUUCCAUACUGAAGCUUGCUAUUGCUAUCGCAACUGCUGAGACUGGCAAAGUGAAAGGACCUCACAGCGAACUGGUUCUAUUGAAACUUUGCUUGAGAAUAUUAACAAAUUGUUGUUCGUGUCAUGAGGGUCGCACCAUGAUUUGUAAAUUCAAUGUGUUAGACAACAUAAGUAAACUGCACCCCGCUGUUACUAAAUUACAGCGGCCAUGGACCGUCGUGACGCUGCUAUGGUUGGAAUUCUGGGAAAUUUACAGCAGACAUAAUGAUGUCACCGAAGUGAAACACCUAACCGUGUUGGGUGCCUUAAUAAGGAAAUCGAGUCCCGAGCUGCGGAAGCUGUCGUUGGAAAUUAUGCGCAAUAUGUCGUUCAUCGCCACAAGUCGGCCAGCACUGCUGGCAUCCGCAGAUUACAUGCACACCUUGAAGUCCGUUCUAGAUGGCACGGAUUGUGGCGAACAGCUGAUAGUGGUAAGUGCCAUUUGGAAGAUUAUUGCCAAUAAUCACAGAGGUAAGAGCGCUAUUAAAAGCACACCCAUUCCAAGAAGACUAAACGCUUUGCUCAAGCAGCGUUCUUUGCUGGAGAACUGCGAAGAUGAUGAUCUAUUCAAUGUACUGAAUAUUGUGGUGAAACUGUUAAAUUCAUAGGAUGAGACUGUUUUGGUUUCGUAUCAAAUUAAUUUUUAAGCUUCUUAUGAAUCAAUAAAGG